AUGCACCCCCACUACACCUACUACAACCCAGCACCUUCUUUCGCCGGCCGAGGCCGCCGGUUCUAUCGCCAGAACUACAUGCGCGGCCUCAACCCUCGUGCUGGCGGCAUCGGCGGUCUGGUCAAAGUCACCCUCGUAGGAACGGCCGCUUACUUUGUCUGCAAAAAGAUCUAUCAGUGCCCAGAGCAAUAA